AAAGAAUCUUCUAGGAAUAUGCAAUUGAAAAAACGUGAUGGAUUUUGCCUGUUAGCAUGUUCUUGCCGUUACCAAAACAAAAUAAUUUACAGUACUCAUUUGGCCUCAACUACCAGACAACAAAAUGUUGAAAAGUUGUAUUAUCUUCGGGGUUAUAUGUGCGGGAAUAAAAGCAGCCCCUCAAAAUAAACCACUCAAAUACAACAUCGAAACAACGGAUUUGGCAGUGGAUUUGGAAAACUGGAUGAGAAAUUUGCCGGAUGAUCUCAAAGAAAUACCUAUUAACUUGCUGGCAAUUCCAGGUUCCCACGAUAGCUUUACCAAAGACAUCACAGCUAGUUCGAGCGUUUCUCCGGAUGGCGAGGAAAUUUUAAAAAAGCUGGAAUUUUUAAAGCUGGUCAAGCAAGUUAUGGCUAAUUGGUCAAUAACUCAAUCUGUGAAUGUAACUGGACAACUACUAGCAGGCAUUAGAUUUUUUGAUCUAAGAAUUUGUCGCAAUUAUAACGACGAAAUGCUGUAUUUCUGCCAUGGACUAUAUUCUACAAAAAUAACUGACGUGAUAAAUGAGUUAGCCACUUUCCUAGAUAACCACCCUGAAGAGGUUGUUAUAUUAGAUUGUCAGCACUUUUACAAUUUCACAACCACUACACACUCGGAAGUUGUUGAAUACUUAACAGCGAUAUUCGGAGACAAGCUGAUUCCAUACCAGUCUAACAUGUUCUCAUUAACACUGGAAAAUUUAGUAGCUGCCAGCAAGCAGGUACUUGUUGUCUACAGAGACAGCACAACUCAAUCAGCCAAUACAGAUUAUUUAUGGCCAUCGAGCAGUUUUCCUACCCCAUGGUAUGAUACAACCAACUCCACUUAUCUACUUUCGAGCUUAGACACUGGUCUAUCAAAAAGAUCAUCUAGUGUCGGAUAUAUCAGUCAAUUGCUUCUGACUCCGGGGGUUGAUUUCAUUAUUGAACACGUUUUGAGUACGCUGAAGGAACAGUGUGCCGUUAAGUUCGAAAGCAAAAGAAUGGAAUGGAUUGCAGAACAAACAGCCGGAACAGGUGGCGUUAAUGUGGUCAUUGUCGACUUUGUUGAUUUAGCCGACAACGAAUUUAGUAAAACCGUCAUUAAUUUAAACCUAUAUCUGGACACAGCAGAAUUACGGCAAGUGUUCUUGUGGGGGACAAUAAAAAACUUUUUUGGUAAUCUUUUAUGAUUUUGCUGAAUAAAAAUUACAUGUUAUAUUGAAACGAAUAAGUAACCCAAACUUUAGGUACCU